AUGCCAUCUGCCAAGCCAGGCGACACGACACCACCUCCGUCCGUUUUCAAGCAGUUGAAACCGAGUGAGAAGCGAUACUCAUUACUACAAAAGACUGAAUUAUAA